AUGGUGGACAUUCAAUUUGUGUUACAAAAUUAUUUUUCAGAAAGCACUCUUGGGAAUGAAGCUGAGCCAGACAAAGAUAAUUUUUUGGAAGAAGUUCUUGAAAAAGAAAUUGAAUUGGGCAAAGACAAUUUUUCAGAAAAAGUUCUUGAAAAUGAAGUUGAAUUGGCUGCAGAAGGGAGUUCAAAGAUUACACAAUUUUUCCCAAAAAAAAGCCAAGAGUCUAACAAUUUACCAAGUGAUUGGAGAGAGGUUUUAGACAAUUCUGAUGAUUCUGAUAUUGAGUGGGAAACUCAAG